UGACCUUGCCCCUGGCACGCUCCGCGCACGCGCAGGCCGCACAGGCCGUGGCUGGGCCCAUGGCGUCCGAGCGGCUCCCGAGCCGGCCAGCCUGCCUCCUCGUGGCCAGCGGCGCCGCCGAAGGCGUGUCAGCCCAGUCCUUCCUCCACUGCUUCACACUGGCCAGCGCCGCCUUCAAUCUGCAGGUGGCCACCCCCGGGGGGAAGACCAUGGACUUCGUGGACGUGAACGAGAGCAACGCGCGCUGGGUGCAGGACUUCCGCCUCAAGGCCUACGCCAGCCCCGCCAAGCUCGAGUCCAUCGACGGUGCCCGGUACCACGCCCUCCUGAUUCCCAGCUGUCCUGGGGCCCUGGCUGACCUGGCCAGCAGCGGGUCCCUGGCUCGCAUCCUGCAGCACUUCCGCUCCGAGAGCAAGCCCAUCUGUGCUGUGGGCCACGGCGUUGCCGCCCUCUGCUGUGCCACCAAUGAGGACAGGUCCUGGGUGUUCCAAGGCUACAGCGUCACGGGGCCUUCCGUGUACGAGCUCGUCCGGGCGCCUGGCUUCGCCCACCUGCCCCUGGUCGUGGAGGACUUCGUGAAGGACGCGGGGGCCUGCUUCAGUGCCAGCGAGCCUGAUGCCGUGCACGUGGUGCUGGACCGCCACCUGGUCACUGGCCAGAACGCCAGCUCCACCGUCCCGGCCGUGCAGAACCUGCUCUUCCUCUGCGGCAGCCGGAAGUGAGGUGGCCCCAAACUGAGCCCGCCAGCGGAUGCCACCACCUCCAGAUGUCCCGGGUGUCCCCAGAGGCAGCUGGACUCUCAGGCUUCCGGGAACCCCAUCUUCACGACACCCCAUCCUGGCUUGCUGGGGGCUCUGAGGAUCCUCCCUGAGGGGUGAAGGCUCUGGGGGAGGGGCUGAGCCCCCCACCCUGCAGAGUCUCCUCAGGGAGGGGUGGGGAGUGCCGAGGGCCCGCUGGCGGCCGGGUGGCCCUGGAGCAUUCUGAGUGCUCCGCAGAGGGUCGGCUGUGGGGUCCGGGCUGGGGCCUUGGCUCCUGUGCCCGUCCCUGUUCACCCUGGCGGCGGUGGGGGGGGGGGGGGCAGAGGCUGAGCCUUCCUGGAAGCUGGGUGGCUGCCGGCUGGGAUCCCAGGGUCCCGCUUCUGUGCUGAGGCUCCUCCCAGGCCUCCCUGCGGUCUUCCCAGGCCUUUGGGCGUUGCUGGGGGCUGGGUGGGGAGGGGCCCGCUGGCUGCUGCUGAAGGACCUGCUCUCACCCUAGCCCUUGCCUAGUGCACAGUUUCAAAUGUGGUGGCGACCCCGUGUUAAGGCCAGGAUGGACCUUGGGGUGGAUGCUGCAGUGUCACCACGUCCCUUCUGAUGUUGAGAAACACUUUUUUUUUUUUU